UUUGUUUUCUUUUUCUUUUUCCAUUUUCCACAGUUCACAAAGAUUACAAACACUUGUCUAUAUUUUAAAUUAAUAUACUCCUUAAUCUUCCACGAUCUUAGAUCAUACAACAUCAAGACAAAUUUUUUACUAAUUUCUAAUAAAUUAAAAAAAAAAAAAAAAGCUUUGACUUUUCACCAAAAAUAUGAAAUUAAGAUCAAUAGAGAGAUACCCUUUUGAAUUAUGGUGUUACUGAUGGAGAAAAAAGCAAUCUUGAUGGUAUUGGUGUUGUUGUUGUUGUUGACACUGAGUAGUUUAAUCAGUUGUCAAGAACAGAAAAAAGUUGAUACAAAAAAGGCACCAUGGAGGAUCCACACAUUGUUUUCUGUAGAAUGUCAGAAUUAUUUUGAUUGGCAAACUGUUGGAUUAAUGCAAAGUUAUAGGAAGGCAAAGCAACCUGGACCUAUUACAAGAUUGUUGAGCUGUACUGAUGAAGAGAGGAAGGGGUAUAAAGGGAUGGAAUUGGCUCCUACUUUUGAGGUUCCUUCUAUGAGUAGACAUCCUAAAACUGGUGAUUGGUAUCCUGCAAUUAACAAACCAGCUGGAGUUGUUCACUGGCUUAAACACAGCAAAGAGGCAGAUAAUGUUGAUUGGGUUGUCAUACUGGAUGCGGACAUGAUCAUUCGAGGUCCAAUUGUACCAUGGGAGAUCGGGGCAGAGAAAGGGAAGCCUGUUUCUGCGUAUUAUGGGUAUUUAAUUGGAUGCGACAAUAUUCUUGCAAAGCUGCAUACAAAGCAUCCUGAAUUUUGUGAUAAGGUUGGUGGGCUAUUAGCCAUGCAUAUAGACGAUCUUCGAGCUUUGGCACCCCUAUGGCUUUCAAAGACUGAAGAAGUACGGGAAGACAGAGCCCACUGGCCAACCAACUAUACUGGUGAUAUCUACGGAACAGGGUGGAUCAGUGAGAUGUAUGGAUAUUCAUUUGGUGCUGCUGAGGUAGGACUCCGGCAUAAGAUCAACGAUAACUUGAUGUUAUACCCUGGCUAUGUUCCACGAGAGGGUGUUGAACCUAUUCUUAUGCAUUAUGGCUUGCCUUUUACAGUUGGAAACUGGUCAUUCGAUAAACUAAAACAUCAUCAGGACGACAUUGUCUAUGAUUGCAACCGGCUUUUUCCUGAACCUCCUUAUCCCCGAGAGGUAACACAAAUGGAACCUGAUCAUAACAAAAGGAGGGGGUUGUUUCUGAAUGUAGAGUGCAUUAAUACCAUGAAUGAGGGCCUUUUGUUACAACAUGCUGCCUUUGGAUGCCCUAAGCCUAAGUGGUCAAAAUAUCUAAGCUUCCUAAAGAGUAAAACGUUCGCUGAACUAACUCAGCCAAAACGUUUGACUACCCAAAGCCGACAAAUGAUGGAGGUUGAACAUAAAGAAGUUGAUAAUGAACCUGAAAAGCCACACCCAAAAAUCCACACUAUUUUCUCUACAGAAUGCUCGCCUUACUUUGAUUGGCAAACGGUGGGGCUUGUCCACAGUUUUUACAAGAGCGGUCAGCCAGGGAAUAUCACAAGGCUUCUAAGCUGUACAGAUGAAGAUUUAAAGCAAUACAAAGGCCAUGAUCUAGCUCCCACCCACUACGUACCAUCCAUGAGUCGACAUCCAUUAACGGGAGAUUGGUAUCCGGCAAUCAACAAACCGGCUGCAGUUCUUCAUUGGAUGAAUCAUGUGAAGACAGAUGCUGAAUACAUUGUAAUUCUUGAUGCCGACAUGAUCAUGAGAGGACCGAUAACACCAUGGGAAUUCAAAGCACAUCGCGGCCGACCUGUUUCAACUCCUUAUGACUACCUUAUUGGCUGUGACAACAUACUGGCAAAGCUCCACACUCGCCAUCCUGAAAAUUGUGACAAGGUUGGUGGUGUAAUCAUUAUGCAUGUAGAUGAUCUACGGAAAUUUGCGUUGCAGUGGCUUCACAAAACGGAGGAGGUUCGAUUAGAUAGAUCUCAUUGGUCCAAGAACAUAACAGGAGAUGUCUACGAAGCUGGAUGGAUUAGUGAGAUGUAUGGUUACUCAUUUGGUGCCGCAGAGUUGAAUUUGCGACACGUCAUAAGCGACAAGAUUCUGAUAUACCCUGGAUAUGUUCCUGCACCCGACGUAAAAUAUAGAGUCUUCCACUAUGGCUUGGAAUAUAGGGUUGGUAACUGGAGUUUUGACAAAGCAAACUGGAGACACACUGACUUGGUUAACAAAUGCUGGGCUAAGUUUCCUGAUCCUCCUGAUCCAUCGUCACUUGAUCAAACUGACAACAAUGCCUUACAACGCGACUUGCUUAGCAUAGAAUGUGCAACGACAUUGAAUGAAGCGCUUCGUUUACACCACGAGAGAAGAAAAUGUCCAGAUCCUAACACUAUUUCCACGCCCAAACGCGAAAGAGUAAAUCAGGAGAGAGUCAAUGAAACUAAAACCAAUGCUGAAACUAGAACCGAUGCUGAAACAAGAACCGGUGUUGAAACUAGAGCGGAUGCUGAAACAAGGAACGGUGUUGAAACUAGAGCGGAUACUGAAACAAGAACUGAUGCUGAAACUAGAAUGGCUGUUGAAACAACCACAUCGAGGAAGUUUGGAAACGCUGACGACGUUCAGGCCUUGAGGCACGAUGAAAUGCCUAAAAACAAUUCUCAGAAAUCCUCGUCCCAAGUUGAAACAUCAAACGGAACAUUCACUUCCAUGAGAUUCUGGAUCAUGGUCUUGUGGGCGGUUUCAAUCUUCCUCUUCUUAGGUGUCAUGUCCGUUGUGCUUAAAGGCCGUAAGGGAUUGAAAAAGAGAGGUAAAGGUUACAAGGCUAAGAGAAGAACUUCAUAUUCCGGUUUCUGGGACACGAAUGGACAGGAUAGACAUCUACGCAACGCUGAAACAGCAUAGGAAACUCUCUUCUUGGUACAAACGUCAAAAGUUCGCUGCACAUCAAACAUGAUCAUUCGCGACAUGGUCCGUGUAAGUUCAUUACUUUUAACAACGACGAAAAAAAACAUUUCUUUUAAUCGAGUUACUAUGUUUAGUUGAUUGGUCAUUGCCAUUGGAUCAACUUCACAUGAACUAUGACUAGCAACAAACAUAAUGUUUAGUACAAGUUCAGGAAUAGAGUUUUUUGGCCUAAUGCUGUUUUUUUUUUUUUUUUUACUUUUUCUAGAAAAAAAAAGGUAGUAAAGUUUCCUUUUUUGUUUUGAAAUAAUUACAAUUCUUUGUAUUUUAAUUUUCUGCAGGUGUAAGUUUCAUGAGUAUUAAUAAGUUUCAUUUCAA